AUAUGCUAUCCUUAUCGGCAUCCAAUUGGCGAAUCGAAUCCCGAUGGAAAGAAAUAGCCAUGGUUGGUAUGGUAUGGUAUGGUAGUUUAGCUGACUACGCAACGCCAACUAACACUAUCUAUCUACUUGUACCAUGUUGAUGCGGGGUUUGAUUUGGGAGUUGAUCGUUACGAUACCUAACCCUCAAUAGUUUUACAUCUUCUCAUACCCGAACAACUUCUCAUAUUUCUCUGAAAGCACCUCGUUUCCACUGAUUCCGUCGUAAUUGAUUCGGUUGUUUUUAACCCUCUCGAUUGAUUGAUUGAUUGACGUGAAAUAUAGAAGAUACCAAUCAAGUCAACAUGGGCCUCACAGGUAUCCGGAAGGUAUGCGAGGUCUCCCUCGAUAAACCCGCCGAGGAACAAAAACAACUUCAUAACCGUUGGCAUCCUGAUAUUUCAUUUGCGGGUGCCAUUAAAGAUGGGGAGACGGUCAAGAUUGAAUGUGUAUGUCUACUUCCCGGCUAUCUUAGAUACUCACAGGUGCACUGACUUCUUGAUAUAGGUUGAUUGGACGGGUGGGCAGAUUGGUACGUUUACCCUAGCUAUUGCAAUUCUCACACUUUGAUGAGAUAGGAUGAUGCGGAGAGUGGAGUAAGUAGAAGUGAAGAAGAAGUAGGGCGUUGAUGCAAAAUAGGAAACAACGACUCGGCUGAUGACAUGAAGAAUGUUGAUCUCACGCGGAUUCAUUAUCUCUCUGGGCCUUUUGAGAUUGAAAAUGCGGAGCCGGGGGAUGUACUGUUGGUGGAGAUUUGUGAUGUACAGCCUAUGGAGGACCAGCCUUGGGGUUUGUGAGUUUCUUCUCAUUGCGAGCUUGCGGGGAUUUUAUACUGAACUUUCUUUGGUUUUCAGUACAGGUGUUUUUGAUAAGAAUAAUGGGGGAGGGUUUUUGGAUGAGAUUUAUCCUACUGCGUAAGGGAGAUUGUUUUCUUCUAGUCCUAUCAAUUUCCUAUAUUUCUCACCUAUCACAUUUAUGAACUCAACUAAUCAUCUCUCAGCGCAAAAGCCAUCUGGGACUUCGAAGGCAUCUACUGCACCUCCCGCCACCUCCCCCACGUAAAAUUCCCCGGCCUCAUCCACCCGGGAAUCCUAGGAUGCGCUCCCUCAGCGGAAAUCCUCUCUCUCUGGAACAAACGCGAAGGCGAGCUCAUCGCAGCCAACAAACUAGAUCGCAUCGUUGCGCAACCUCCCAAUCCGGAAAAUGUCCAUGCCGGUUCCGCGUCGGAAAGUGUGAAAGAGAAGGUGGGUAGAGAGGGAGCGAGAACGAUCCCUGGAAGACCGGAACAUGGUGGGAAUUGUGAUAUUAAGAAUUUGAGUCGUGGGAGUAAGGUUUAUUUGCCGGUUCAUGUUAAGGGGGCGGGGUUUAGUGUUGGGGAUUUGCAUUUUAGUCAGGGGGAUGGUGGGUUUUUUUUUUCUUUUUACCUUUUUCUUGGUUGGUUUUGGUGUUGUUGGUUAUGUUUAUGUCCUCCCCUUUUGAAGCGAGGAUGAAAACAAGACUGACAGCUGUUCAUAUAUUUAGGCGAGAUUUCCUUCUGUGGAGCUAUCGAAAUGGCCGGAGUGGUACGCCUCCCUUCCUCGUUGGUUUCGAAAAGAUACUGAGUUAUCUUGUCCACUUGAAUGGGGAUGGGAAGACUAAUGCCAAACUCAGAUCACAAUCAACUUCAAAGUCAUGAAAAAGGGCAUCGCAGACCUUGGGAUGAAAUCACCUCUUUACCUCCCCGGACCAGUAGAGCCACAUUACGGACCAGGUCGCUACCUCACAUUCGAAGGAUUCUCCGUUGAUCAACAUGGAAAACAAGUACGUCCUUUCCUUCUCCCACCCUGUCCUAUUCCAUUCCCUUUCCCAUUCUCCUCUCUCCCCCAAUUCAAAAUCUACGAAUCAAAACUUGAAUGAGAAUGAGGUAAGGAGACUAAAAAUACAAAUUCAGCAUUACAUGGACGUCACAGUCGCCUACCGUCAAACCACCCUCCGCGUCAUCGAGUACCUUCGUCGCUUUGGGUACUCUGAUUACCAGGUCUAUCUCCUUCUCUCCUGCGCUCCGGUUCAGGGACAUGUUGCGGGGAUUGUGGAUAUUCCUAAUGCUUGUACGACGCUUGGAUUACCUAGUACGUGCCUUUCUCAAAUUCUCUCUUCCAUUUCCCUUUCUCGCCUUUAUUCUGUUCGUCUUUCACUCCAAUCCCCCUCUUUCUCGUGAAUGAGAGUCAAAAGGAGUUUGCGUGCUAACGAGAAAAUAGUGGAUAUCUUCGACUUCGAUAUCUCUCCCACAGGCAAGGCGACGAAGUUGGAUAUGGGCAGUUGUGCGUUUGAGACGGGUGUUACCGAGGGGAGGGUUACGGAGGGAGGUAAGAAUAGUGAGGUUAGUUGGGGUGGGGGGUUGACUUUUAAGGAGUGAGGAGCUUGUUAAAGUUACUGUUGCUGGUAUUUGAGAUUGGGA